UAUUGUUCAAGUUUUAAUCUUCCAAUCUUUCAAUAACACAUAAUUCUCAAAAUGUAAUUUCAAAUUUCCCGUCAACUUUUAACAUUUUUUAUCUCAAAAACAUGACCAGCUACAGGAUGACUGACUGUCAUAAAACUCAACCACCGGGCUUACCAUGUUUUCUGGGGGAUACCCUGCAAGCACAAUGCAUGCUAAUAUUUAUUUAUCACAUACCAGAAAAAACAGCUACCUUCUGUUUAUUCAUAGUCAUGGUUGUAUUUUCUGUCUUUGUUUUAGGUUCAAUGUCAAGAAGAGAGAGAACACAUAUCUCGGAGGAAGCGAAGGUCUUCCUCCAGAAAGCCUAUAAAGAAGGGAUGACCAGGGUGGGAUCUCCACUGGUUGGAGCGGCAUCCCAGGCCACUGGCUUGCCACCGUUUGUCAUUGAUAACUGGAUUGGAAACUAUAGAAGAAAAAAGCCAUCUUCUUCUCAACCUAAAAACAAAAAGUUAUACACCAAGGACCUGUCUGGUUACAACCUGUUCUGCAGGGAUCAGUUAAAGAACAAAGGAAGCCUGAAAGAUAUUACACAGAAAUGGUCCACUUUGGCAGAAGAGCAGAAGAGGCAAUAUGCGGAGGAGGCAGCAGCUCUAAAAGUUCAGCACACGUCAGAUGACAUGAGCCCAGAUAUGCGAUGCCUGAAAUUGAAGAAGCACCUAAAGCAGAUGAAAAUAGAGGUUGCCAGUCUUGAGAAGCUUGGUGUAGAGACUGGUGUAAUGAUGUAUGACCAUCAAAAGCCUUUCUUAGAAGUCCUACAAGUGAGCAGCAAAGGUGCUUCUUCGUUCUUCGACAGUACCGACGUACUGGACAACUUUGCACUGCAUUUCAAAGGAAAAUCAUCAUCUACUUCUGCUGCAAAAGAACCAGUUGAUUCAAUGGUUAAGAAAGUGCAGGAGCUCUUCAACAGGAAAUACAAUGAAGCGGGGGGCAGAGGAAGGCUCCCGUACAUCUCCAUUCAAAAUGAAAGCAUAAUUAUCAACGCUUCUGGUCUACCUGAUGGCAUCACUCUCAAAAAACCAUGCCACUAUGGACGUAAACAAUUAGAAGUCAUUUUAAAUAAUGCGGCUAACAUUUCCUUUAAAAUUAGUAAGUCAUUCACACUACUAAUUUCAAUUUUCUCUUCAGAUGAAAAGACUGUUGAAGAAUCAGUUGUAACAUCUGACACUGGAGUGGUGAUAACUGCAAAUGACCCCGGGAGGAAAAUUAGGACACCAACUGUGGAAGACAUUUUGAAUGCAAUGUGUGCAAAUGAUGAGCGGAGCGUAACAGAGCCUAUGGGUUUGACGGAAGUGCUGUCAAGAGAACCGACUACAGAUGAUACUACGGACGUUUGCAACAUCUGCCACUGUCUGUUCAGUGAUGGGGAAAAAAAUGCCAAGAAGAAGUGGCGUGAGUGGCGACGUUGCAACACAUGUGAGCAGUGGUCACACCUGGCAUGUGGAUUCAAGAAAAACUUGUGUCGUCAUUGUCAGACUCCCAGAAGUUGAGCCUUGUUAUGUCUUUCAGAGCGAAGGUGAAACAUUAACAUGUUUAACGUUGAAAAAUUGUCUGCACUGGGACUGCAAAAAAGACACUUCUAAUUUGGUCACAGUUGUGACAUCUGACAGCUGUCAAUGUUAGCAUUUCCUGUAGUUUUUUCUUAAACAAUUGAUAAAUGUACAAUGCAUCAAUAAAAGCUUUUGUAUUGAAAAGAUA